AUGUGGAACCAAACAUCCCACGUUGAAUUCAUAAUUGUGGGUUUUUCUGAACUUCCACAGCAUCAGUUAGUAUUGUUUGUCUUAUUCUGCUUCAUUUACCUCCUGACCCUGCUAGAAAAUAUCCUUCUCCUUGUGAUUAUUUUGAGUAACAAAAACCUUCGCACACCCAUGUACUUUUUCCUAGGAAAUCUUUCUCUUUUAGAUGUCUUCUAUGUAUCAGUGACAAUGCCCAAGUUGUUUUCCAAUUUUUUAUUGGGUGAAAAAACUAUCACACUGAAUGGCUGCAUCACACAGUUGUAUUUCUUCCAAUCCUUGGGUUCCUCUGAAUUCUUCCUCUUGGCAGCAAUGGCCUAUGACAGGUAUGUAGCCAUUUGUCAUCCACUACAUUAUACCUCACUCCUGACUUAUAGAGCUUGCAUGAUCCUGAGCCUUGGUUCUUGGUUUGGUGGUUUCCUUGCAUCAUUGCCAUCUGUAGUGAUGAUAUCCAACUUAGAGUUCUGCAGACAAAAUAACAUUAGACACUUCUUCUGUGAUGUUUCGCCAUUACUGCUGUUGUCAUGCACUGACACUUCAUUCAUUGAACGGCUAGACUUCGUGGCAGCACUAGUAGUCUUCAUGCCUUCAUUGGGGAUGACUGGAAUGUCUUAUGUAUGCAUCUUCUAUACAGUUGCAAAGAUAUCUUCUGUAAAGGGGAAGUAUAAAGCUUUUUGCACCUGUGCAUCCCACCUCAUAGUUGUUUCUAUGCUCUAUGCCACUACCAUAUUUGUGUAUGCUCAACCAAAGGCCAUUGCAACUUUUGAUACCAUGUUCAUGUCCAUUUUCUACAUAACGGUGAUCCCAGUUCUUAACCCAAUUAUCUACAGUCUUAGGAACAGAGAAGUGAGGCAAACUUUAAGCAGAGCCUUAUGUUUUUUGGAUGUUUUGAAAUUGAAAGACUAA